AUGGAGCAGCAGUUGACUCGAUUACGAGAACAGCUGAAAGAGAAAGAGUCGGAAAAGCAGGAACAAGGUGACAGAUUACAGAGACAGUUGCGGGAGAUGGAGCAACGGUUGGUAGAGGAACACGAACGACUGCAAGGGAAGCAUGAUCAGCUUGUGAACUCUGAAGCAAAAGUGAAAAAGAUGACGGAACAGCUGACAAACGCUCAAGGACAGUUACAAGAGAAGCAUGAUCAGUUUAUGAACUCCGAAGCACAAGUGAAAAAGAUGGAGGAACAGCUGACAAAAGCUCAAGGACAGUUACAAGAGAAGCACGAUCAGUUAGUGAACUCCGAAGCACGAGUGAAAAAGAUGGAGGAACAGCUGACAAACGCUCAAGGACAGCUACAAGAGAAGCGUGAUCAGUUAGUGAACUCAGAGACACAAAUCCAGGAAGUAGAGGAACAAGUGACAAACUUACGAAGACAGUUACAUGAACAUUUAGUGAAUUCAGACGUACAAAUUAGAGAGGCGACACAGCAAUUGACCAAUAUCCAAGAGCAACUACAGGGAAAAGAUGAAGAAAUUGCUGGUUUAAAAAAUCAGGUGACUGAACUGGAAAUGACUCUCUCGACAGCUCAACAAUUAGCGUUAAAUGCACGUCAACGGCAGGAGUCACCUGACUGGGUCAUUUCACGCGAUCAAAUUUACGUGACAGAUAAAUGCCUUGGAAGGGGAGGCUGGGGAAAUGUUGUGGAAGGAAAGUAUUGUGGUUGUGCCGUAGCUGUGAAACAAAUCCAUGAGUUGAUUCUUUCCAAUCACAACCGCAGUUUGUUUGUGCGAGAAAUGAACAUUGCCUCAAGAUGUCGUUCAUUGGGGCAACAAAUGACGAAGGAAGUCCUUUGUUUGUUACAGAGCUCAUGGAAACAAGUUUACGAGCACUGUUAAAGCGACCGCUUUCUGCCUCUGAAUUGUUCGUUAUUUCCCUGGAUGUGGCUCGAGCAUUAAACUAUCUUCACCAGAAGCAACCAUUUCCCAUCAUUCACCGGGACAUCAGUAGUGCAAAUGUGUUGUUGUGGCGACAGGGUGACCAAUGGCGAGCCAAGGUGUCAGAUUAUGGCACAGCCAAUUUCAUGCGACAUACCAUGAUAGUUGCACCUGGAGCGCCAAUUUACAGUGCACCUGAAGCGGUCACUAAAAAUCAGACCGUUAAGGUAUAUUUGAUUUAAUGUUUGUUUUUUUUCUCUCAAUGACCCUUUGUCAGUGGUGUGUACCCUCAAAUUUUAUUCACUGAACGCGAUCAUUAUCAGAUCGUCAUCGACAUUAUAAUUAUUACCGACUUCAUUGCCGCUAUUUUGGUUAAUGUCAUUGAUUUUAAACUAAGUUGUUUUCGAUAUUCAGGUUGAUGUAUACAGUUUUGGUGUUCUUCUUUGUGAGAUGUCGAUCCAGGAAAUGCCAGAUCCUGAAAAGCGUGAACAGCAAGUUGCACUUGUAUCAAACCGCGUGAUUCGAGCUCUCAUCCGGGGAUGCUUGCAAACAGAGCCUGAGGAGAGACCUUGUAUGGAGGAAAUAAUCGAUGAACUUGAACAGCCAACGUGA